GCCUUUUGCCCGUUUCUCACACACGCAUUCUGAGUUUCUGACGAGACGACCAACACCACACGGAGAAGACGGAGGACAGUAGAGUCGUCGAAGCAGCUGUACGCCGGAAGGCCUACCCCCGCUAUACUAUCUGCCUUCCUACUCGCUUCCCUCCCCGAGUCCCCGUCCUCCUCAGCUGCCUUCCGCCGCCGUGCAGCACCCGCGCAGCCUCCACUCCGGCGUCGUCUCCCUCCCUCCUCCGCCAUCGCCACCGGGACACGCAAAGGCGGUUGAUUCCAGCUUCCAGGUCUUGUCUUUGGGUAGAACAUGUCGUGCUUUGCAUGCUGUGGUGAUGAAGAUACACAAGUACCAGACACCAGGACUCAAUACCCAGGACAUCAUCCAGCAAGAGCCGACGCAUACCGCCCUGCUGAUCAACCUCCCAAGGGUUCCCAACCUGUGAAAAUGCAACCGAUUGCAGUCCCUGCCAUUCCUGUGGAUGAGCUUAGGGAGGUGACUAAGGGUUUUGGUGAUGAAGCCUUGAUUGGUGAGGGCUCCUUUGGUAGAGUAUACUUAGGUGUUCUAAGAAAUGGCAGGAGUGCCGCGGUCAAAAAGUUGGAUUCUAAUAAGCAGCCAGACCAAGAAUUCUUGGCGCAGGUGUCUAUGGUGUCAAGGCUGAAGCACGAAAAUGUUGUUGAGUUGCUUGGUUACUGUGCUGAUGGGACACUCCGCGUCCUUGCCUACGAGUUUGCUACUAUGGGUUCCCUUCAUGAUAUGCUUCAUGGAAGGAAAGGUGUUAAAGGGGCUCAACCCGGCCCGGUCUUAUCAUGGUUGCAGCGUGUGAAGAUAGCUGUUGGGGCAGCAAAAGGCCUCGAGUAUCUUCACGAGAAGGCGCAGCCUCAUAUCAUGCACCGAGACAUCAAGUCUAGCAACGUUCUUCUUUUCGAUGACGACGUAGCUAAGAUCGCUGACUUCGAUUUGUCAAACCAAGCUCCGGACAUGGCAGCCCGACUUCACUCGACUAGGGUUCUUGGAACGUUCGGAUACCAUGCGCCUGAGUAUGCAAUGACCGGGCAACUCAGCUCCAAGAGCGAUGUAUAUAGUUUUGGAGUCGUUCUUCUCGAGCUAUUGACCGGAAGGAAACCUGUGGACCAUACAUUACCAAGGGGACAGCAGAGUCUUGUGACUUGGGCUACCCCAAGACUUAGCGAAGACAAGGUUAGACAAUGCGUUGACUCGAGGCUUGGAGGGGACUACCCUCCUAAAGCUGUUGCGAAGUUUGCAGCUGUUGCCGCGCUGUGUGUUCAGUACGAAGCGGACUUCCGGCCAAACAUGAGCAUUGUUGUCAAGGCGCUACAGCCCCUGCUGAAUGCGCAUGCGCGGGCGACCAACCCUUGAGAAAAAUGCUAGCUCAAAAGCUUCGCAUUGCUCCUCUCCGCCCUCUUGUAUGAUAGAUAAGUAAGAUACGAGUCGCCGAUGUCGUUCUUGCGGACACAUGGCUGGCAGCGUGUGACAUUUGUGAUUAUUUGUCCCCUGAAUUGUAAACAAGAUUCUUGUAUCCCCACAACACUUGAUUCUUUCUAUCGGUUGCAAGAUGACCUGCCGUUUUCUUCUUAAGAAGUCACCUUAGCAAAACUCACAAACUUUAUUACUCCCUCUGUUCAAUUAUAGGAUGCUUUGAUUUUGUCUAGUCGUAUAGUUUUUGUUAUAUAAAUAUCUUACAAUUUGGAAUGGUAUUGACUAUUGAGGGCU